AAGGUACGUCGGAGUCGUUUUAUUUUAUUGUCUUUUUUGUAUCAAAGAAUAAGAAAAGCAAGCCGUUUGGAAGUUCAGUUUGCGCGUAUUAGCUCCAAGAUCAUGGUGUGGCAGCACUGCUUUAAAUAACCUUGUAAAAUGCAAAAGAAAGGUCCGAAGCCUCUAAUGAUCCCCAGAAAACCUCCUGAACAGAAGCCUGCUUUUGUAAGGCACAGAGCUAAACUCCCAUCGACCACUGAGUCGGACAUUUACUCACCAUUGGUUGGUGAGGAAGAGCGUUUUGUCCAGCAGAGUUCCCAGGCCACCUCCACGCUGGAAUGUGCUGUUCUGAACUCAUCGGAGGCUGUCAAGACUGCAUGGGAAGAGUGCAUGGACAACAAUCAUCAUGAUAGUGCAGAGCAGUCGGAAUCCUCGUAUUUCGGUAUUGGUGGAGAUGUACCUAAAGUUCAAAUUCCCUACGAAACCCUCCCUGGCCAUGCUGCUCGCCAGUUAGUGGUAGAGAGACUUCGUAGAGAAUACUUGGUUAUUGACUUGGAGCAACUUCUGGCAGAAAAAGGCAUAGAGCCUAACAGCUUGAUGCCAAGACAUCUGAACAGUACUGAUCCUAUAUCAGACAAUGUGCUAUCACCCAUCCUUCCACUUGAGAUUUUUGACAAUGAGGAUUACGACUGCCGGACACCAGAAGACUGGCUUGCUCUGGGCAAAACUGAAGGAUCACCUGGUCAAAAGCCUGUUCCUGCCAAAGCCUUGCUGCUUAAAGAUGAUUCAGGAAGUCCGUGCCCUGAGUACAGCUGGCAUUUAGUUGGGGUUCUGGACUACUCUAAAGAAAAAUGUCAGUACUUAGUGCAGAAGGCUCUCCAUUACAGCAAUAAGAAAGAUGAGGAAGUAAAACCUAUUAAAAAAAGAGGACACAAGAAAAAGAUGGACCUUUUACAUGGAGGCUCUGAGCACUGGGUGCCGAGAAUCAGACUGUUAUUCAAAGCUGAGGAUCCUCGAGUCUUUGCGGAACGAAUCGAGUUUGCUGUACGUUUCAGGAAGCGUGCAGAGGUUCAACUCCUGUACAGCACUUCUGUGGACUGCAUGCCCAUCUGGGAGGGAAAUCCGUCCCUCAGCGAUGACAGUCUGCGACGCAUCAAGAUAUUUGUCCAGUCAGCUUGUGGCUUUAAGGUGACAAUAUUUGAGAGAUGUAUAAAAGACUUGGAGAAGGAGGUCAAACUGGAAUAUGACCGGAUUAUGAACCGCAUGGUGUUUGACAAAAUUGUGAUGAGCCACCCUGAGGAGUUUUCAGACAUCUCUUUGCCACAAAGAGACACAGAGUGCAUACUACAAAAUGGAUAUGUUCCAGUCCCUCCUUAUGACUUUGAAAAGAAGCAAGCUGAAUUUGCCCUGAACUCUUUGCUAAACCUACCGGAGGUGAUCUGUGUGUUACCUCACAUUUUGUCUGAAUGCCACAAAAUAACAAACAUGAGGCUGUUUAACGUGACAUUGACCAAACCAAUUCGACUGGACGAAUUUGAACUUGUCCAGUCUCAAGUUUUCACUGAGGUAAUCCAGUAUCUCCAGGAGAAGUGGGUCAUCUCACUCAGCAACAGCAUCCGCUCCACUAACAAUUCCCUUGCCAAGGGAGGCGCUGGGAAGGAGUCUCGCUUCACCAUAUUUAGACUGAUGAAACUCUUGGUCUUCAGAAUGAGGAGCUCCUUGCACGACCUUGUUCUAGAUUCACUGGAUAGCCUGAGCGAGUUUUUUCUGGAAGCUUGUCACAGUGUAAUGUCGUGUCCUCCGGAUAUGGUCUGGGGAAGUGACCUCUUCAGAAGCCCCUACAAGCCGAAGAAGAAUCCUCUGUUACUUGUGGAUCUGGUUUUGGACCAAACUGGGGUUCAUUACAGCCCUUCACUAGAAGAUUUAGAGACAUUAAUCGCAAAACUGUUCAAAUCUGCUAUUUUGGUCACACACAAAGUUCCGCAGCUUUAUAAGUUUGUGAUGAAGAACUUGGUUACCAUGGGCAGUUUGCUAAUUGAGCCAAUGAGUUUCCAGAAGAAAGAAGUAGCAGAGCUGGAGGAAAAAGUCCGGGAGGCUGUGAUAAAAACAGCUACUCCUCUUAGGGCCUACGCUGCUGAGUAUGAGAAACACUUGGACCUACAAAAUUUGGACAUUGAAACGUUCAAGUCUCAUAAUGCAGAGCAGACCUCUGAAGAGGUGAAGACACAGGUCAAACAACAUCUUAAAGAAAUGGAAAAGCUUGAAUACUCCCUGCCUUCUUCCAUUGUUAUUGGUCCCUUUUUUGUCUGUGUGGGGGCAGUACGACAGUCACUCAUCAGAAAGCGAAAGUCUUUGGCCAACGCCCUCUUGGAGAAUCUUGCUCUAAUGCUACGCAAGCAGAUUGAAAGUGCAAGCGAAAAGUGUAACAUUAUAAGCAGAGCGCUACAGGAGAAACCCAACAGCAUUGAGGAACUGACUGAAAAAAGGGAAUGGAUGAAGCAAAUCCCAGAGCAACUUAAGAGUUACACGGAACAUCUUGCCAAAAUUUUGUUGGAUCUUGAGGUUCUGGUAGAAUUUUACUACAGUUUUUCAAACGAGGAUGUUAACAGAAAGUGGAACGCUAUUUGGUGGCCACAAAGGAUAAUGUACCAGAUGGAGAUGGUAACCAUCCAGCAUGAAGAGGAUGAGAAGUGCUUCCACGAGAUCCAACUAGCAGACCGAAACAAAUUUGAGGAGCAACUUGACUCUUUGAAGAAUACCAUUGUUGAGUUUGCGAGAUAUGACGACAUUGAUCUUGCCCAUGAGAUGGCUAACAAGGCAAAGGGCACAAGAACACAACUCAAGCAGUGCCAAACCUUGGCGCUAACCUACAACGCCAGAGAGCGUCUGCUUGGUUUACCAGUCUCCAACUUCGAUUGCCUGCAAAACCUGAUUAAGGACUUCCGGCCCUUUGAAGAGCUCUGGACCACCACCUCUGACUGGCUACGUUGGAAUGAAAGCUGGCUUAAUGACCCAUUGUCUUCAAUCGACCCUGAGCAGCUUGAGCGUAUUUUCACGGCUGCCCAAAAAACAAUGAGCAAUUGUAUUGAACAGUUCAAGGGAAAUCCUGAUGUCCAAAUAGUGGCAAGUGUAAUGCUUGGCAAGAUGGAGAAAUUCCAGCCGUUCUACCUUCUGAUUCAGUGCCUGAGGAACCCGGGAAUGAAGAGCCACCACUGGGAGAUGAUUUCACAAUGCGUUAACACCAAAGUUAUACCAAAAGCAAACAUGAAUCUUAAUCGCUACUUGGAGCUUGGCCUUCAGCACCACUUGGAUGAAAUAUCUCGCGUGGCCGAGACUGCUGGGAAAGAAUACAGCAUUGAACAGGCUCUGGAAAAGAUGGAAAAAGAAUGGGCGACAGUUGUCUGUGAUGUGUUUCCCUACAAGGACACAGAAACGUUCAUCCUGAAGGUCCCAGAUGAGAUAUUCCAUUUGCUGGAUGACCAUAUUGUCAAAACUCAGAACAUGUCCUUCUCCCCUGUCAAAAAAUUCUUUGAGGGGCGCCUUAGCAACUGGGAGAGAAAGCUCAGACUAACUCAAGAGGUGCUGGAAGAGUGGCUGUCAUGCCAGCAUGCUUGGCUGACCUUGGAGCCCAUCUUUAGUUCUGAUGAUGUCAAACAGCAGCUGAAGCAAAGAAGAACAUACGAGCAUUUAGAGCAACGUUGGAAAAGUGUCAUGAGCAUUGACUUUAGUGAUCAAAAUGUGAUUGAAUUGUGCCAGAAUGUUCAGCUACUAAACAAACUGAAGCGCUGCAAUGUGUUUUUGGAAAAUGCUCAGAAAGGUCUCUGUGACUACUUGGAGAAAAAAAGAAGCUCCUUUCCAAGGUUUUUCUUUCUAUCAGAUGUUGAGCUUCUGGAGAUCUUGUCCCAGUCCAAAGAUCCCACUGCUGUUCAACUGCAACUGCACAAAUGCUUUGGGAACAUUUCACAGCUGCAGUUUCAGUCAGACCUACAGAUCACACACAUGUAUUCCAAAGAGGAGGAACAGGUCAAACUAUCCCUGCCAGUAGCACCAGUUGGGAAUGUGGACAUCUGGCUGAGGGCUUUAGAAAAGUCUAUGAAGGCCACCCUGAGGGAUAGCAUUGAGAGUGCUCUCAAAGUUUAUUCGGAGCAACCUCAUGUUGAGUGGGUGUUAUCAUGGCCUGGUCAAGUGGUGAUAGCUAGCUUUCAGGUUUUCUGGACUGCUGAGGUGUCUGAAGCUUUGGAGAAGGGAGACUUGACUAAUCUUCAUCCCCGGCUACAGAAUCAGCUUGGUGACUUAGUGCAGCUAAUGAGAGGACAUCACUCUAAGAUGCAGCAAGCUGUGUUGUCCUCCCUUAUUGUGAUAGGAGUCCAUACAAAGGAUGUAAUUUCCAAACUGGUGGAGCAGGAGGUUUCAACCAUCAAUGACUUUGAGUGGAUCAGCCAGCUAAGAUAUUACUGGACAAAAGAGGACCUGUACAUACGAGAUAUGAAUGCAGAAUUCUUAUAUGGAUAUGAAUAUCUUGGCAACUCUCGUCGCCUGGUCAUCACCCCACUCUCUGAGAGGUGCUACCUCACCCUUACAGGAGCACUAAAUCUCAAGCUUGGGGGUGGACUUGCAGGCCCAGCAGGUGCAGGAAAGACAGAAACCAUUAAAGAUCUCGGAAAGGCUUUGGCCAUCCACACCGUAGUUUUCAACUGCUCCGAUCAGCUCAAUACCUUUGCAGUGGGAAAGUUUCUUAAAGGGGUAGCCAGCUCAGGCGCUUGGGCUUGCUUGGAUGACAUUGUUCACAUUGCUGUGGAGGUUCUCUCUGUUCUGGCACAACAGAUCUCCACAAUACAAAAGGCCCAGCAGCAACAGGCCGAUCAUUUUGUGUUUGAGGGAGUGGAGAUUCCUCUUGUCCCUUCUUGUGCCAUAUUCUUCACCAUGAACUCGAGUCGUGCUGCUUGCACAGAAAUGCCUGCCAAUCUAAAGGCCCUGUUCCGCCCUGUGUCCAUGAUGAUCCCUGAAUAUGCUGUGAUCGCUGAGAUCUCCUUGUAUUCGUUAGGCUUCACUAAUGCCAAAGCCCUCUCCAAGAAGAUUGAUGCGUUUUUCAGGCUCUCAUUGGAACAAUCAGGUUCUCAGGAUCAGUAUAAUUUGGGAAUAAGAGCUGUAAAGACUGUGAUCUCUGUAGCUGGAAACCUGAGGAGGGACAACCCCAACAUGAAUGAGGAGCUAAUCUGUCUUCAGGCAAUUCAAGAAAUAAGCAUGCCACAGUUUUCACUGGACGACCUGAGACAUUCCAGAGCCGUUCUCACUGAUCUUUUUGGUAACAUAAAACAAGUCCCCAUGAAUUCUGGCUUUCUGGAGCAGUCCCUGCGUAGUAUUUGCAUCACGAAGAACCUCAGAGAUUUGGAUGGGUAUAUUAACAAGUGCAUUCAGCUGUAUCAGACCACUCUGGUGAGACAUGGUCUGAUGCUGGUGGGACCUCCUGGAUCUGGUAAAACCAAGUGUUACGAGCUUCUAGGUGCUGCAUUAACAGCUCUGGAGGGCCAGCCGUCUACAAGGGGCAGUGUUUAUCAGGCCGUCCAGGUCUAUGUCCUUAACCCAAACUCCAUCACUGUGCCGCAGCUCUAUGGAAACUACGAUCCUCACAACUAUCUCUGGAAAGAUGGUAUCCUCCCAGCUCUUCUUCGUGAAGGAGCAGCAUCUGUGGACAAAAAGAAACGGUGGUACAUCUUGGAUGGACCUCUGGAUCCUGUGUGGAUGAAUGGCUUGAACACUACUCUGGAUGACAACAAAAAAAUGUGCCUUAGCUCUGGGGAAAUUAUAAAUCUCACUGAAGAAAUGACCAUAAUGUUUGAGGUGCAGGACCUGGCUGGGGCAUCUCCAGCUACAGUGUCUCGCUGUGGUGUGGUCUACUUGGAGUCCAGUAUGUUGGGUCUCCCCUCCUUCACAGAAUGCUGGCUGAGGCAGGUUCCUGAGGCUUUGAGAACGUACACAGAGCAGAUGAAUUCACUGUUUUCCAGGUUCCUGAAGGACUCAGUUACAUUUGUGCGCUCAUCAGUAAAAGAGGUCAGCCCAUCUCUGGACAGCAACCUUGUCUGUAGUCUCCUUAAACUCAUGGAUUGCUUUUUUUGUCCCUACAACAUUAAAGAGAAGCCACCAACUCAAAAGGAACUGGAUCGUCUUACGGAGCUGAUAGAACCCUGGUUCUUUUUUUCACUGGUGUGGAGCGUAGGAGCCACAGCAGAUGCAGCCAGCCGGCAACGCUUCAGUGCCUGGCUCAAAAACAAAAUGGCAAAAGAACAGAUAAAAUUAUCUUUUCCUGAGGAUGGUCUAGUUUAUGAUUACAGGCUUGAUGAAGAUGAAGAUGAGGAGAGAAAAGUACAGUGGAUCAGCUGGAUGAAACAUCCGAAAAGUGUUGUCAUCACUCCAGAAGCAAAUUAUGCCGACAUAUUUGUUCGAACUGCUGAAACAGAGAGGUUGUCUUUCCUGAUGGAUUUGUUAUUGACCAAUGGGAAACCUUUGCUGUGUGUUGGCCCUGGCGGUGCAGGAAAGACUCUGACCAUGACAAACAAGCUGCUGAGGAACAUGCCUGCUGAAUUCAACACGCAUGCUCUCUUGUUCACUGCAAGCACCUCGGCCAAUCAGACUCAAGAUUACAUUGAAAGCAAACUAAACAAAAGGCGGAGGGGUGUGCUGGGACCUCCGAUGGAGAAGCAUUUUAUCUUCUUUAUUGAUGACCUCAGCAUGCCCAUGUCAGAAAUGUGCGGAGCUCAGCCUCCAUUUGAACUUCUGAGGCAGUGGCUGGGUCAUGGUGGCUGGUACAACAGGAAUCAGAUAGGAACAUUUAACCAUUUAGUGGAUGUAAAUUUAGUUUGUGCCAUGGGCAGCUCAGGAGGAGACCGACAUGCCAUCACUCAACGCUUCACACGGCAUUUCCACAUCCUGUCCUUUAAUGGCAUGGAGGGCACAAGUAAAACUAUUUUUUCAAGCAUUCUUGGAAGCUGGAUGGGACCUGCUCCAGCAAUCCAGGAGCUGCUGGAGCCUCUUGUUGAUGCUACUAUUCAAAUUUACACCGCCGUAACCUCCCACCUCCUUCCAACUCCAGCAAAGUGCCACUACACCUUUAACCUCCGAGACCUGUCUAAAGUCUUUCAGGGGAUACUAAUGGCCGAGGCACACACUAUAAAGGAUAAAUUAGAGCUACUUCGUCUGUGGUACCAUGAAAGCUGCCGGGUAUUCCAGGAUCGUCUGGUUUGUGCUAGUGAUAGGAACUGGUUCAACAGUCUGCUGAAGGACUGCAUUCAAGGCUUUGACUGGCAAAAUGAAGACGUUGUGCCCUGCCAUCCUGUUUUGUAUGGAGAUUUCACAUGUCCUGAAUCUGACGAGAAGGUCUACACAGUUAUAGAAAACAAGGAAGAUCUUGCAAAAGUGAUGGAACAGUAUGUUGAAGACUACAAUCAGAGCAGCGUGGCCAAGAUGCAACUGGUGCUUUUCAUGGACGCCAUUGAGCAUGUGUGUCGGAUCAGCCGCAUCUUGCGCCAGCCCCUCUGUCAUGCCCUGUUGCUUGGAGUGCACGGCAGUGGCCGCCGGUCACUCACCAAACUAGCCUCAUAUAUAUCUGGAUAUAAAUGUUUCCAAAUUGAAGCAUCUAAGAACUACAGUCAAACCGAGUGGAGAAAGGAUAUUAAAAACAACAUGCUCUCAGCUGGUCUUCAGGACCAGAAGAUUACAUUCCUCUUUGUUGAAACUCAGAUUAAGAUGGUGUCAUUUCUGGAUGAUAUCUGCAACAUUUUGAUCAGUGGGGAAGUUCCCAACCUGUAUACACCAGAGGAACAAGAGCAGAUCUUAAAGGCAAUGAGGCAAGCAGUGGAAGUCCAAGGCCAGCAGCCAACAGAAGCUAAUCUUAUGGCUGCUUACAAGCGGAAAGUUAACAGCAACUUUCACCUGGUUCUCUGCAUGAGCCCUGUAGGUGAGACGUUUCGUGCACGGUUGAGGAAGUUUCCUUCUUUGGUGAAAUGCUGCACCAUAGAUUGGUUUGAUGCCUGGCCAGAGGAGGCUCUGCAGGCUGUGGCUGGAUCAUUUUUAAAUGAGCUACCUGAGCUGGAAGUCAGUCCCAUGACAAAGAACGCUCUGACAUUGGCAUGUGUGAAGAUUCACCAACUGGUGGCCACGAAGAGUGAAGAGUACCUGGCAGAGCUAUCUCGACACAACUACGUCACACCUAAGAGCUAUACAGAAUUCCUCAAACUCUUCUCAGAGCUCACUGGAUGCAAGAAACAAGAGCUGUGCGUUGCUCUUCAGCACGUAAAAACUGGCCUCAACAAGCUUUGCAGCACAGCUGAGGACGUGAUCAAGUUCCAAGAGGAGCAGGAGAUGAUGCGACCUCUUUUGGAGGAGGCUGCUAAAGAGGUGGAAGCAACUAUGGAGACCAUUCAUAGCACUUCAGCAGUCGCAGAGGAGACCCGUAAAUCAGUGGAAGAAGAAGAAUCCAAAGUUUUAGAGAAAGAACGUUUUGUUAAGGCAAUCUCUGCAAAUGCACAGAGAGACAUUGACAACGCUUUAAAAUCCGUGGAUAAAGCUUUUGCCAGCCUCGACAAAAACAGCAUCACUGAGGUCCAAAUCACUGAGCAGGCUCCCCUGGGGGUAAAGCUUGUGCUUGAAGCGGUUUGCAUCAUUAUAGGCAUCGGACCGGUUAAGGUUCCUGGAGAGAAGCCUGACACCAGCUUUCAAGACUACUUGGAACCUGCUAAAGGUCUCCUACAAGAGCCAAGCAAUUUUUUGGAGAGCCUCUACAACUAUGACAAGGACAACAUCCCAGAUGAUGUGAUCCGUUCUGUCCAGCCCUACAUUGACCAUGAAGAAUUUCAGCCUGCUUCCAUUAUCAGGAUUUGCACCGCCUGUAGCUGUAUUAGCCAGUGGGUUCGAGCCGUGUACGAUUAUCACUUUGUGGUCAAAGCUGUGGAACCAAAAUGGCAAGCUCUCCAAGAAGCUGAAGAGGAUUUAAAAGCCACCCAACUGUUUCUUUACGAUGCCAGGACAAACCUGGCAGCAGUGGAAGAAAGAAUUCCCUUUUUAGAGGCCAAGCACCAAGAAUGUCUGGCUAGGAAGAAAGACCUGGACUACAAAUAUCGACUGACUGAGACUCGCCUCGUCAGAGCCAACGAGUUGGUAGAUGGGCUAGCUGAGGAAGAGGAGCGCUGGAAGGAGAAAGUGAAACAUCUUGACCAUAUGGUUUAUAAUUUAGCAGGAGACAUGCUUCUGUGUGCAGGCUACAUCGCAUACCUUGGGCCCUUUUCUGGAGAAUACCGGGCAGCUAUGGUAGAAGAAUGGCUGCAAGGUUUCAAAGAGCUGAGUCUUCCACACUCUGCUGAUGCUAACCUGAUCAACAGUUUAGGAGAUCCUGUCAAGAUCAACUCUUGGAAGAUUUCAGGAUUGCCCAGGGAUACAUUUUCAUUGGAGAACAGUAUAAUUGCCCAGUAUUCUCUCCGCUGGACACUGUUCAUAGAUCCUCAGGGUCAAGCAAACAGAUGGAUCAAAAACAUGGAGCGGGACAGGGAUCUGAGGGUUUUAAGGCUCAGUGACAGUAAUUACCUCCAAGGUCUGAAGAUGGCUUUACUUGAGGGUAAACCUUGCUUGUUGGAGAAUGCAGGAGAGGAGCUGGAUCCCGCUUUAGAACCCGUCUUGUUGCUAGAGACCUUUAAGGAGGAAAACAGAACAGCGCUGAAGCUGGGUGACUCAGUUGUUCCGUACUCUGAGGGCUUCAGGUUGUACAUUACCACCAAGCUGCCAAACCCACGUUACUCUCCAGAGGUUUCUGCCAGCGUCACACUCAUUAAUUUUACUGUGUCACCAAGGGGUCUGGAAGACCUGCUGCUUAGCCUGGUGGUAGCUGAGGAACAUCCAGACUUGGAGGAGGCAAAGAACCAGCUAGUAAUUGGCAGUGCCAAAAUGACCCAGGAACUGAAAGACAUCGAGGAUCAGAUCCUGCAUCUCAGUCCUGCAGAAGGAAACUCCAAGGCUGAGGAUUUAAAUCCAGUGUUGGAGGCUUCUAAGAUCAGAGCUGUGGAGAUAAAGGCUAAAAUGCUUGCAGCAAAGAAGAUGGAGCAAGAUAUCGAUGCCACUCGUUUCAAGUAUUCACCAGUGGCAGUGCGAGCUCAGAUUCUGUUCUUUUGCGUGUCAGAGCUGUCUAAUAUUGACCCAAUGUACCAGUACUCUCUGGAAUGGUUCCUAGGUGUCUUCAUGGCUGCUGUUGGCAACUGUGACGCAGCAGACACAGUGGAGAAGAGAAUCAGCAACAUAAAAGAUCAUUUUACCUUCAGCCUGUACAGGAACGUGUGCCGCAGCCUGUUUGAGAAACACAAACUCAUGUUUGCUUUUUAUCUGUGUGCUCGCAUCAUGAUGAACGAGAAUCAAAUUAAAACGACUGAGUGGAGGUACCUGCUCUCUGGAAGCAUGCCUGUCCACAAGCUGACCAGCUCAGGGGCAGCCUGGAUGUCGGAUUGGGCCCGGCAGAACAUUUUAGACCUCAGCGUUCUGGAUGACUUUGGGGAACUGGCAGAAAGCUUCACAAAACAUCUGCAGGGUUUCAACAGAAUUUUUGACAGCAAGUACCCCCACAGAGAGUUGCUGCCAGGAGAAUGGGAUGUCAGACUAAACUCAUUCCAGAAGUUGUUGGUCCUUCGUUGUCUGCGACCGGACUGCCUGAUUUACGGCGUGCAGGACUUUGUGUCUGCUCAGCUGGGUCACCGCUACAUAGAGCCUCAGAUAUUAGACCUGCCUGUAGUCUUCAAAGAGUCAUCCCCCAUCAACCCCAUCAUCUUGAUCACGCCUCCUGGCAUUAACCAUGCUGCUGACAUCUACAAGUGUGCUGAUGUUAUGCAGUUCUCUAAGAAAGUUAUAGACAUCUCGCUGGGUCAAGGCCAGGGUCCCUUAGCUGAGGCUGUGAUGCGUACUGCUAUUGAAAGUGGUCAUUGGGUCAUUUUCCAGAACUGUCACAUGGCACCCGGCUGGCUGCCGACCCUUGAACGACUCAUUGAAUCCAUCAGUCCUGUAAAAGUGCACAAGGAUUUCCGUCUGUGGCUAACAAGUAUUCCCUUUAAGAAGAUUCCAGUAUCUAUUCUUCAGAAUGGCUUAAGGAUUAUCAUUGAGCCUCCAAGAGGAGUCAGGGCAAGCCUAGAGAAAGCCUACCUGAGAUUCACCAAUGAAUUUAUGUCUUCUUCAACGAAGGAAUCUCAGUUCAAGUCAUUGCUCCUCUCCCUCUGCCUGUUCCAUGGGAUGGUUUUGGAGCGAAGUCGGUUUGGCCCACCGGGGUUUAACGUACCCUAUGAGUUCACUGAUGAAGAUCUGAAUAUCUGUGUAAACCAGCUGAAAAUGUAUUUGGAUGAGUACCAGGACAUUCCCUACAAGGUUCUAAAACACACUGCUGGGGAGGUUAAUUACGGUGGCCACGUGACAGAUAACUGGGACAGAAGAUGUCUGCUCACUCUGCUGGAAGACUUCUACUGUCCUGCCGUUCUUGGUGCUGAUCACGUCUACUCUGGUGUCUACCGCCAAGUAGACUCUAAUCUGGACAUCAAGGGCUAUUUAGCGUACAUCCGAGGAUUGCCUAUCAAUGAUACACCUGACAUCUUCGGUCUCCAUGACAACGUUAAUAUCUGGUCUGCGCAGAAUGAGACAUUUGCCCUGUUGGAAGCUCUGGUUUGUCUCCAACCUCAAGCUUCUGCUACAUCUGCUGGAGGCAAAACAUUGGAUGAGACAGUGGAGGAGGUUGUGGUCAGCAUAGUUGAAAAGCUCCCUCAGCCUUUCUUUCUUCAAGAGGUGACUGAAAAGUACCCGGUUCUGUAUGACCAGUCCAUGCAUGCAGUGCUGAUCCAUGAGGUCAUCAGAUACAACAAGUUGUUGGGGGUCAUUUCUCAAAGUCUCAGUGAUAUGAUGAAGGCUCUGAAAGAUUCAGAUGUAAUGUCAUCAAAUAUGGAGCUUAUGGCCCUCAGCUUGUUCAACAACACAGUGCCUGAUAUGUGGAAAUCCAAGGCCUACCCAUCUAUGAAGCCUCUGGCUUCCUGGGUGUUGGACCUUCUUCAGAGGAUCUGUUUCCUCCAGGGGUGGAUCUCCAAAGGCAUUCCACCUGUGUUCUGGAUUAGCGGGUUCUUUUUCCCACAAUCCUUUCUCACUGGGACCCUGCAGGAUUACGCUCGUCGCUUCGGCCAAGCUAUUGAAACUGUGGAAUUUGACUUUGAGGUGCUGGUCAAGCCAGUGUCAGAGAUAACGGAAAUGCCUACCACAGGCUGCUACAUCUAUGGUCUUUUCCUUGAGGGGGCUCGCUGGAAUAACAUGGCAGGUCGGCUCACAGAAUCCAAGCCCAUGGAGCUCCACACAGAAAUGCCUGUCAUCUGGCUGAUCCCCAAAGCCAACCGCAAACCUCCAACUUGCAUAGUCUAUCUCUGUCCCAUCUACAGGACCCUCAGUCGAGCCGGGACCUUGUUUCCCACUGGCCUUUCCAGCAAUUAUGUGACGGCCCUGGAGCUGCCCACAGACCAAUGUCAGAGACACUGGAUCAAACGAGGGGUUGCCCUAAUCUGUGCACUGGAUCACUGAACACAUGGCAUGCUUUCGUCUUUGCUUUCAUCACUAUAAAGCUAAGCAGUCCAAGGUGAUGUUAGGCGCAAACUCAGCUUGUGUAAUAAAUUGUUCUCUUUCUGUCAUUUAAA